CCAACUGCCGCGCCUUUCCUGGUAGCGCUGUGCUGCAUUGCACCCCCUGGCUGAGCAACAGCAGCCCAAACACGUCUUUUCUUCAUCCCCGGCAGGAAAAAGCCUCCCCUUUUUCUCCUCCCCCUUCGUCUCCGUUUUCUCCUGCCCCUUCUCCAGUCCCCACACCAGCAGCUUCACUAUCUCUCUCGCGGUCUCCGUAUUCCAUCUCCGUCUCCCUGGCAUCACCAAAUUGUCAGCUGUGGAUACUCAGUUUCUAGAAGCAACUCUUUUUCUUAACCUUUUUUGGGCAGAGGUUGCGAGUGGCAUUUCUGGGGGUUAACAUGGAUUACUCUUCUGGUUCCUACUUCUCAUCAUGGCCUGGCAAUUCUGCUUCUGAGAGCUAUAGUCUUACUGAUGGUUCAGUGGAAUCAUCUGCAGGAAAAGGAAGCAUGCCACCCUCAAGCUAUUUCAUGGCAGCUAGAUCAGAUCACAAUUUUAAAUUCGGUGAGCAUGAAAAGGACUGCACUACGCUUACAAACGGCUUGUCAUAUGCUGGCCAGGCCGAUCUAUUUCCUGGUCAGAUUGUAUCUGAUGAUAAGCUUCCUGAAAGUCUUCUGGAGCUUCAACGACUGCAGAGCAACAGCAAUCUGCAGAGUAAUUUAGUGGCCCCAGGGGUGCUUCAGCACAAUUCAACACCUGGAGGAUUUCAUACACAGUUGGAUACUCCUGGUCUUUCAGAACUGCCGCAUGCCUUGUCUAGUUCAAUUGAUAGUAACGGCAGUGAAAUUUCUGCUUUUCUUGCUGAUGUGCAUGCUGUUUCUUCAGCCCCAAAUUUUUGUUCCACAUUCCAAAAUGCUUCUCCAUUCAUGGAACCAGUGAAUCUAGAAGCUUUCAGUUUUCAAGGGGCACAAAAUGAUGCUAUUUUUAACAAAACAAGCCAUCCCAAUGGGAACAUCUCAGUAUUUGACAAUGCUGCCUUGGCAUCACUACAUGAUAGCAAAGAGUUUAUAAGUGGUAGGCUCCCCUCGUUUUCUACUGUCCAGGGAACAAACCUAGCUGCCGGUGGUUGCAAGACUCAGAAGCAGGAGCAAACUGCAAUGUGCAAUGUUCCUAUCCCUACUUUCGUUGCUCGUAACCAGAUGUCAGUUACUGCAACACAAGGAGCGCUGAUUCCUCCAAAGAUGCCAUCGUGCAUCAAUGAAAAUAAAAGCGAGUGUCCUGUUAGCCACCCUUCUGAUGUACAAACCCAAGAAAAUUCCGCUAAUGGAAAUGGUGUCGGCGUGAAGCCACGAGUAAGGGCUCGUCGUGGACAGGCAACUGAUCCUCAUAGUAUUGCUGAACGGCUUCGCAGAGAGAAAAUUUCAGAUAGGAUGAAAAAUCUGCAAGACCUUGUCCCAAAUUCCAAUAAGGCAGACAAGGCAUCGAUGCUGGAUGAAAUAAUUGAUUAUGUGAAAUUUCUUCAGCUUCAGGUUAAGGUUUUGAGCAUGAGUAGGCUAGGAGGUCCUGGAGCAGUUCUUCCCCUUCUCACAGAUUCUCAAACCAAGGACCUUGGAGGUCAACCUCUGUCAGCUCCAACCACUGCACAAGGACUGCCGGAUGUACAAGACUUGGAAGAUACCAUCUCCUUUGAGCAAGAGGUUGUGAAGCUGAUGGAAACAAGUAUCACGAGUGCAAUGCAGUACCUUCAGAACAAAGGCCUCUGCCUGAUGCCAGUUGCUCUUGCUUCAGCCGUAUCCAACCAGAAAGGCAUGGCUGCAGCUGCAAUCCCUCCUGAAAGGUGAAAACACUUGCUCCACCGGUCGGCAGGAGGAAACAACUGCAGAAGACAGAACUCAACGGUUGAAGAACGCACUAGACUCCAUAGAUUUUGCGAGAAUAAAACCCCAUGGCAUACAAGAUAGGAACUUAAUCUGACCAGUUCCAGUUUAUGGCCUAAUCUACUAAUUUGCUUGUCAGAAUCUCUAGCUUUUCCAUACCCAUCUGUUCAUGUGUAUCCUUUUCCUUAUUUUUUUCCGGAUUGCAGCAGGACGCUUGUAGGAUAGUUGCGUUUUGGAAACUUGAAUUGUAUCUGGACCUAUCUGGUUUCUCUUUUGUCCAUACAAAAUGUAAAAUC